AAAAUAUCUUCAAGCGACAGUUGAAGUCGUCCAUGGACUGGUUGGUACUGAUUAAACAGCCAGCUAGAUAGUGCCAACAAGAUCAGAGAGAACUUGUUAGAUCGAGAGACCGACUUGUCUUCACAUAAAAUUAACUUUAAAAAGGACAGCCAGUAUAAUGUUUUGUUCAAAUGCUUGGACUAAGUGCUUGAUAUGCCUUAUCUUUUUAACAAGUGGAAAUGCCGAGUGUCCCAAACCUCAAGUAGAGGGAAAUGUUGUUCUAACGGAUGAUGCGCUAUUAAUGAACGAUUUUCCUGAGGGGGAGGAAGCCACUUUUGAGUGUGCCAACGGCUACUUGAAAGAGCAAGGAUCUGAAAGAAUCACCUGCACGAGUGGAAAGUGGAGCACGCUCAAAUUAACCUGCAAAAAGAAGGACUGUGGUGCCCCCAGGAAGAUGCCACAUUUGACAUAUGAGUUUAAGGAAGGCACACUUUUUGGUGCAUCAGCAAGAGCAAUCUGUGAUAAAGGUUAUCAACUUAUGGGCCCAAGUUACAGGCAGUGUUAUGCCAUAGGUUGGAGUGGAAGACCAAGAUGUAAAGUGGUAACUUGUGAUAAACCUCCUGAGAUAAUGCAUGGCACGAUCAUAGAGAAGCCUGGCGAAGAGUUACCAGAGUAUGGUGGCGUCAUACAAUACUCCUGUAAUGAAGGUUACACCCUCAUUGGAAACAAAUCAAUUGAGUGCAUUGAAGAUGGUGAAUACAACUCAUUACCUCCUGAAUGCAAAGAUGUCAAUGACAUUCUUUUGAAACCAACAACUAUAUCAACAUCAUCAAUAACAACAACAUCGACUGUUCUACCCACAAUACGAGAUGUCAAUGGCAUUCUUUUGAAACCAACAACUAUAUCAACAUCAUCAAUAACAACAACAUCGACUGUUCUACCCACAAUAAAAGAUGUCAAUGACAUUCUUUUGAAACCAACAACUAUAUCAACAUCAUCAAUAACAACAACAUCGACUGUUCCACCCACAAUAAAAGAUGUCAAUGACAUUCUUUUGAAACCAACAACUAUAUCAACAUCAUCAAUAACAACAACAUCGACUGUUCCACCCACAAUACGAGAUGUCAAUGGCAUUCUUUUGAAACCAACAACUAAAUCAACAUCAUCAAUAACAACAACAUCAACUGUUCCACCCACAAUAAAAGAGAUUGCAGCAGUUGUGGGAAGUGGGAUCGGCACUGUCAUAAGUAAGAAUUCCAUCAUUUGAAACAAUCACAAGUGAGAGGGGGGAUAUUUGUUUCUAAUACACUUUUUGAAGAAGUAGCUGUUGAGUUCAAAGAUAUGUUCUAACUAAACUGGAUACUUUGUUUUAUACUGUACUGGAGAAACAUUCCCUUCUGUAGCCCAUCAGGAAUUUCCUCCACAUUACUUGAUUUGUUAAACUCGUAAGCCUAGUUAAACUGCCUACUUUCACAUUUUACCAUGUUUAUCAGAUUUGUGUUACACUUUCUCUUCACCAUUUGAAGAUCAUACAGUGGACUCAUGAUUGAUACCUUGUCUUUAGCAGUUACACUUAUUGUUCUGAUCACACAGUAUUGUAAGAGGAAAGGGUGAGAACCUACAUUUAAUAAUUUAUCUUUUUCGAAAAUAGUCCAUGAUUAAGCACGAUUUCACUUACAACUAGAUGAAAGAUUAUAUUUUCCUCUUACUAACUAUACUGUAUGUGCAUUAACCACAGCUUCUGGCUUUAAAUCAAACAAAUAUUUGGAUAAACGAGCAAUACGGUUGGCCAAUUAAUUGACCUAAACAAUAUUUGAUAACAAAACUUUAUUUACAUAACCCAUCAACUAACUUUCAGUCUGGCCAUGGGCAUUUAUACUGUAUUUAUGUAUUCCCUACAGUAUCUGUGAUUUGCAUGAUCAAACUUUUUGCUGGUUACUUUUCCCUGUUUUGGCCAAAAAAUUACAUUUUUCCUGCAUUGUGUUGAAAAAUCAAGGAAGUAAGGAAAUCCUUUGCAAAGGCACUCUGGGACAGAUAUUGGCUUUGAAAAAUAGAAUAGAGUAUGUUGUUCUAAAGGGAGGUGGGGUAGUAGGCUAGACUAUACGGUUUGUGUUAGUCUUUGAGCUUGAGUAAUCUAAAUAGUGACACUAUUGUUAAAACUGCUCCGCUGAGUCAAUGCUUCGUCUACAAUGUCUCAUUUCUUUCCAGGGCUAGGACUGCACCUAUCUGCUAGUCUGCGUCUGUAGCCUUGAAAAGUAGUGCCAGCGGAUUGUUCCUCUGACCAUUCCCUAGUUGGACAGAGACAUUUAAUUUACAUUGCCCUUUUGUAUGUGGCAAUACUGAAUGGAAGUUAUAAUUUCACUUUUUAUUAAGUUGUUUUUGAAAGUCAGUUCAGCGGAAAUGUUUUAACCCAAUGUUUGAAAACCGGUAUUGAAAUAUUUUUUUCUCUAUUUAUAUACAAAACUGAAAUAUAGAUAAUUGUCUUUUCAACUGCCAUAUUUGACUACAGGUUGCUAGCUUGCUCUGUUUUGUGGGCAGAAGCCCCUGUAAUGAGAUUAGUGCACUAAACAAAAUGUAUGAUUGAGGAAAUUCCCAGGCUGAUAAUCACUGACCAUUUCUAAAUGUGUGCUUACUGAUCGUGGCUCACAGGAAAAUAACAGUAAGAGACCAUUUCCUGGACCCAGGUUAAGCCUACAGCACUGUAUUCCUUUUCAAGUAGGCUUAAUCUGGGUCCAGGAAACCAGCUCUUCAUGUUAUUUUCCGGCAGACCCAAAUGUCACAAAAUAAUGUCAAUCCUAUUUACUUAGAGGUUUUGUACUUUGAUUUUCUAGUGUGUAUUGUGUGAUUUAAGAGAUCAAAUUAUUUUUAUGAUAACUGCCUUUUCUCCUUCUUUGAGACACAUUUGUGUAAAAAUGAAAGUAUGUACAUUGUCUAAUAAUCAUGGUUGGGUAGGUUCAUUUGUAAAUGUAAUCUGCUACAGUUACUAUACUAUAUCCCAGAAAUGUUCCAUAUCCACAAAAAGCUUAUUUCUCUCAAAUGUUGUGCAUAAAUAAGUUUACAUUUAGGGUUGCCAACUUUUUCACUACCAAAUAAGGGACAAAAGGUGGCGUGCCAGUCAGUGCACAGUGCCACGGCGGUAUGGGUAUGGCGUCGUGUGAACACAGUGAUACAGUGUAUAUUCAUAUUCUUAUUCAAUUGGAAAGGCAAAACAUUUCUAUAUUCCAUUUUGCCUAUAGCUUUACUAAAACUGUAUCAUUAUGUAAACUUAUAUGAAUAAACCUCUAAAUAAAUUAUCAAAGAAAUCACAAUUUGUACCUUUACAGCAAAAAAAACCUUUUCAAAUGCAAAAGAGGAAAGAGGGGCAUGAGUCACUCACCAAGUCUACAUAUAUUUUGCUGCUCGUGACUGAUUCAAGCCGUCCUUUCUCCUCUUGCAUAGCCAGAGAGAAGUCAUUACAUGACAAGUCACAGUUCCCAGAUAUUUGAAGUUCAUUUUUGAUCAGCUCUGUGCUACAUCGGUUUCUUGAGUCUGACCAUUUAAUGGUCAUCAGACAGACAAUCCUCUCUACAAAGACAUUUGAGUCUGGCACACUGAGGACAAUUGAGACAAUCCUGAACAUGUUGAUCAAGUUGGCUUUCCCUAGGUUUUUGAAAACUGCCACCUUCUUUGCACUGGUGGUUUUUCUGGUAUCCUGUCUGGUAUUCUGUAUUUCCUCCCGGCUAGCACAAAACUCUUCAUAGAGUUGGUCCAUACUGACUGUAUUACAUGUUCUGGUGAGAAAUCAAACCACUUGUCAAUGUAUGUAAUGACAGUGUCAUAGAACUUCAAAGUCCUGUUGCUGCUUGGACCUUUGUGCUGACAAUUGUUUGUCCAUCAGCUGCUUGGUCUACUGAGAAAAAAACUGUCCUGUUUCAGCUGAAGCAUCUUACAUUUUGAACUUUUGGACUUCCUCGUAAACAUCUGUGAUGCAGAGCGUCGUUUCCUCCAGCUUUUUUUACGAGUUGGUCAAAAACACACCCACUUUGUGGAAAAAGCACAGUUAAAUCUCAGCAUCUUCUGUUUUUUCUUUAUACUUGAAAAUACUAUUCAGUGCCACAGGACAGGUCUCCCUAAGGGACCUGAAGUAUGAUGUAAGAGCUGGCCAGCUUUGCUGGAGACGAUCGACAGCUGGAUGAAGAACCAUCAUGUGCAAACAUGUCACAGAAUUUCACGCCACUCGGUGUCAACAAAGACACAAAAAAAUGCAUGCAGUUCCUCUCUUCGGGAAGCGGAUACAGAUAAUUGGCUGUAAAACAAUUGUCUCAAUAUCCACUGACCGCAGGCGUGCUUGCAGGCAUUAUGAGCUAUGUGAGCUGGGCAAUUAGCUUUCAGAAUGUGAUUGUUGGCUCUGUUCAUUAACUGGUAAACGGAGGUGUUUUCCAAUUAUAUCAGUUUCCGCAGUAGACGUCACGAAGAAUGCACCAAUAUUGCUAGCACCUUUAGCUAGCGUUACCUUGUGCAUUUCUGUGGAAGCAUGCUGAGUUAGGUCAUUCUCCUCUUCGUGGCCUAUGCCCUCCCAGGACCACCGAUGGCUGCGCACCUGCCCAGUCAUGUGAAAUCCAUAGAUUAGGGCCUAAUGAAUUGAUUUAAAUAGACUGAUUUCCUUCUAUGAAAUGUAACUCAGUAAAGUAUUUGAAAUUGUUGCAUGUUUUUGUUCAGUAUAGUUACCUGUCCUAAACAGUAACUUAACUUUUGAUUUACCCAAACUCAGUAACGUAAAUCUGAUUACCUUCCCUUUAAGAGGCAUAGGUUAGCAUGAAUCUUGUUCUGGAAGCAGCUCUGCAGAGUGGUCACUAUCUGGCACAGCCACAAAGUCAUACAAUCUGAUAAUUUUAAACCUAACUAACCUUAAUCACACUAACAUUAAUGCCUUACCCUAACCUUAAAUUAAAGCACAUUUUUGUUUUCACAACAUAGCCAAUUUCGACUUUGCAACUUGCGUAUCUAGCAGAAUUCGCUCAGUUCUGCCUCAAGGACGACUCAUCCCAAUAAACAUCAACAUGCUCAAAUGGCAUUAGAAGAAGAUAAAAAUGAAUAUUACCAGUUGAAUGACAUGCAUUGCAGCUGGCCAUAAAUAGCUGGCAAUAAAUGGAUGGUGCAUUUUACUUUAUGGGUUGGUUACGUAGGCUUCUACUACAGAUAAUAAUAUGAUUAGGCUAUAUCUUUACAUAAAACAAAAAACAGUGUCAGAUUUCCAAUUAAUGCUAUACCCCUUGAUCUUAAUGAAUAGGACUUGGAAGUAUGGAAAUAUAGAUUAGCCAAACUGCUUUACAUGAGCAUAACCCAAAAUGUAAGGACUAGCCUACUCUGUUGUUUAUGAUUAUGUUGUCAUGGAGGGCUGAUUGGGCUCAUUGCUUCGAGUUCAAAAAUAAAUGCUGCCUUUGGAAUGGCAUGCUUUGAGCACUACCAAAAAGUCCUAUUUGCAUUUGAAAAAUGUAUGCCAUAUUCUGCAUUUGCUGUAGGCCUAUUUGUUUUUACAUUUUUGUUGAUGACACUUUGAUAUAUUGAUAAUUUGCAGCUGUUUUAAGUCUAUCAAUAGUGUACGAGUUUUAGCAUAAGUCCGUUUGGCCUAGACAUAAUUUUAAUUAGCAUGAAUUAGAUUGAGCAAUAAAAGUCCUACUCGUGGCCUGUUCCUGCUCUUUUCCCCCGAACCAUCAAAUGCGUUUGGUAUCAUAGUGAUCUUUGAAUAAACUUAAACAUGUACCUUUU